AUGGCAUCCCGACCGGAAAUCAAGGAGGAGGAUGAGUCGGGUUUCUGCAAGUUCUUCCGCAACUUGCCUGAGAAGGACGAUGAGACGGUGCGCAUCUUUGACCGCGGCGACUACUACAGCGCUCACGGCGAAGAUGCAAAGUUCAUCGCAAAUACAGUAUACAAGACGACAGCCGUCAUCCGAAAGCUGGGACGGGAACCAGGCCUCGAAUCUGUCACCAUGACUAUCACCGUUUUCCGCAACUUCCUCCGCGACGCACUCUUCAGACUCAGCAAACGCAUCGAGAUAUGGCAAUCGACUGGCAAGCGCAUGGAUUGGAAGGUGGUCAAGCAGGCCUCACCCGGCAACCUGCAAGACCUGGAGGACGAAUUGGGAGGUCAGAUCGAGAAUGCGCCCAUCAUAUUAGCGGUCAAGGUUUCCGCAAAGGCCUCGGAAGCACGCAAUGUGGGUGUAUGCUUUGCAGAUGCAAGCGUACGGGAGCUCGGUGUUACAGAAUUCCUCGACAACGACCUCUACUCAAACUUCGAAUCGCUGCUCAUCCAGCUCGGCGUCAAGGAGUGCCUGAUACAAGUCGACUCUACCAAGAAGGAUGUGGAGCUGGGCAAGCUUCGGACGAUUGCCGACAACUGCGGGUGCGCUGUGGCAGAGCGAUCGCACGCAGACUUUGGCACAAAAGACAUCGAGCAGGAUCUGCCGCGGUUACUCAAGGAUGAGCGAGCAGCCGGCUCGCUGCCAUUGACAGAUCUGAAGCUAGCUAUGGGCUCAGCUGCAUGCCUAAUCCGGUAUCUAGGGGUUAUGUCGGACUCGUCGAACUUUGGACAGUACCAGCUCUAUCAACACGACCUCUCGCAAUACAUGAAGCUCGACGCUGCCGCGCUGAAGGCACUCAACCUCAUGCCAGGACCACGAGACGGCGCCAAGAACAUGAGCUUGUACGGACUGCUAAACCACUGCAAGACGCCCACCGGUAGCCGACUGCUAGCACAAUGGCUCAAGCAGCCGCUCAUGAACGUCGAGGAGAUUCAACGACGGCAGCAAUUGGUGGAAGCCUUCGUCAACGAUACCGAGCUAAGGCAGACAAUGCAAGAAGAGCAUCUACGGUCAAUACCGGAUUUGUAUCGUCUAGCGAAGAAGUUCCAACGCAAGGUCGCAAAUCUGGAGGACGUCGUGCGCGCAUAUCAAGUCGUCAUUCGAUUGCCUGGCUUCCUCAGCUCCCUCGAGGCGGUCAUGGACGAGCAGUACAAGGAGCCGCUUGAUGCAGAAUACACGGAUAAGCUCCGCCAAUACACAACGGCAUUUGCAGGUCUGCAGGACAUGGUGGAGACGACCGUGGAUCUCGAAGCGCUCGACAACCACGAGUUCAUCAUCAAGCCUGAGUUUGAUGAGUCGUUGAAGACUAUCCGAAAGCGCCUGGACAAGCUCAAGCGUGACAUGGAGUCGGAGCACAUGCGUGUGGGCGAUGACCUCAACCAAGAUACCGAGAAGAAGCUAUUCCUAGAAAACCACAAAGUCAAUGGCUGGUGCUUCCGACUAACGCGCAACGAAGCAGGCUGUAUCAGGCAAAAGAAGCAGUAUCAGGAGAUCUCCACACAGAAGAACGGAGUCUACUUCACCACCAACACAUUACAAGAAAAGCGUCGAGAAUUCGACCAGCUCUCCGAGAACUACAAUCGCACACAAUCAGGUCUCGUCAACGAAGUCGUCUCAGUAGCAUCGUCCUACGUCCCCGUGGUUGAGAAGCUCGCUGCUGUCCUCGCACAUCUCGAUGUCAUCGUUUCCUUCGCCCACGUUUCCGUCCACGCACCCACCUCCUACACUCGACCAACCAUGCACGCGCGCGGCACCGGUAACACCGUCCUCAAAGAGGCGCGACACCCUUGCAUGGAGAUGCAAGACGACAUAUCCUUCAUCACGAAUGAUGUCUCUCUCGUCCGCGACUCAAGCGAGUUCCUCAUCAUUACCGGUCCCAACAUGGGUGGUAAAUCCACAUACAUCCGGCAAAUUGGUGUCAUUGCCCUCAUGGCACAGAUUGGCUGCUUCGUACCUUGCUCAGAAGCCGAGCUCACGAUCUUCGACUGCAUUCUAGCACGUGUAGGCGCGAGUGAUAGUCAGAUCAAGGGCGUGUCGACCUUCAUGGCAGAGAUGUUGGAGACAGCAAACAUUCUCAAGUCCGCGACGAAAGAAUCCCUAAUCAUCAUCGACGAGCUCGGUCGUGGCACGAGUACAUACGAUGGGUUUGGUCUCGCAUGGGCCAUCUCUGAAUACAUCGUCAAGGAGAUCGGCGCUUUCGCGCUGUUCGCUACGCAUUUCCACGAGUUGACUGCGCUGGUAGACACAUACCCACAAGUCCAGAAUCUACACGUCGUGGCACACAUCUCUGAAGGUAGUGCCCCUGCACCCGACGCCGACGGAGACGCAGACAUGGACGCCACCGCCGUGCAAAAGAAACGCGAGGUCACCCUACUAUAUAAAGUCGAACCCGGUUUCUCCGACCAGUCCUUCGGUAUUCACGUUGCAGAACUCGUUCGCUUCCCACAAAAGGUCAUCAAGAUGGCAAAGCGAAAGGCCGACGAACUGGAGGAUUUCGCUGGAAAGCACGAAGAGGGCUACGUUCAAGCCAGUAAAGAGGAGGUCGAAGAUGGAAGCCGCAUGCUUAAAGAGGUGCUGUUGAAGUGGAAGGAAGAGGUAGAGAGCAAGGGCCUCACGAAGAAACAACAAGUCGAGAGGAUGAGGGAGCUGGUCAAGGGGAACCCGGAGCUUAUGGCUAAUGGGUUCUUCAAGGGCAUUCAGGCCUUGUGA